UUGCUAGCUGUUCUGGAGUAAAGUGACGAAGUUUUUAAUAAAGAAUAAUGUUAUUCGAGACGACCUACAAUGAACAAGAGAAAUUAUGGCAAGGAGCACAAGUUGACUUAAUUUUCGAACCACACAUAACUAUAGGAGACUUUGUAUUCAAAGCCUUCAAGGAUAAUCCAGCAAACAACUGCCAGAUAUGGCAUGAGAAGGAUCAAGUUGUUACCAAUGAGGAGGCACUGAAAUUUUCAAUACGUUUGGCCCAGUACUUCAGGGACGAGGGACUAACGCAUAAGGAUGUCGUCGGCGUUUUAACCAGAAAUAAUAUUCAUGAAGCUCACGUAUUAUUUGCGUGUUUUUUUAAUGCUACGCCUUUCCAUGCUGUUAAUCCCAACCUAGAGCCGGAUGCCAUUGCAGCUCUAUAUGCGAUAACAAAGCCAAAGCUGAUAUUCUGCGAUGGCAACGAUUACGAGUUUAUCAAGUCGAUAACUGUGGAAUGGAACCCAAAAAUUUGCACUCUCAUCAAUCAUAUAGCAAAUGUGCCCAGAAUUGAGGAUCACUUGGAGCCAACGAGUACUGAAAAUGUCUAUACACCCAAGAGACUUGUGCUUGGUGCCGAUCAGACCAUGGGCAUUAUCUGUACCUCGGGAACAACGGGAAUACCCAAGGCCGUGACCUUAUCCAAUGCUCAACUGGUGCUGUUAGCAACCUCUGGUGGAACUAACGAUGUUAUAUUCACAGGCACUUCUUUUGACUGGAUAAGCGCUAUCAAAACCGCUCUAAUUGGUGUUGUAAGUGGAGCACCUCGUAUUGUUUCUACUAAGCCUUUUAGUGUGGAACGAUAUGUGGAGAUUGUAAGAAAACAUAAGGUGACUACUUGUCACCUGUCGCAUUGGCAAUUCCAAGAAGUUUUUUCCAGUCCACUGGCCACUCCGGAAAACCUUUCGAGUCUUCAGAUAAUCGCCUAUGGUGGCGGUUGGGUAUCAGCGAGUGUGGUGCAGAGAGCUCAGAGAAUUCUUGAAAACGCUGUAUUUGUUUUUCUGUAUGGCACCACGGAAACGGACAUGAUAUCGACCGCCAUAAAUCCAACAGAAGAUAAUUUGGUAGGCUUUUUAAUGCCAACGAGAAGCGUACGCAUCUUAAAUGAGCAGGGGGACUUUUUGGGCCCCAACGAGAUUGGAGAAAUUGUUAUCAAGACAAACCAAAACUGGAACGGAUACUAUGGGAAUGCGGAGCAAUCUGCCAAUACUCGAGACUCAAAUGGUUGGUUUCACAUGGGAGAUCUGGGAUACUUUGAUAGUGACAACAAUCUUUAUGUUGUGGAUCGCAAAAAGAACUUGCUGAAGUACAAAUCAAUUCAUUACACACCCAAUGACAUCGAAAAGAUCAUUAUGGAAAUGCUAGAAGUUUAUGCUGUGUGUGUGGUUGGCAUUAGGGAUAAAUUCUUUAACGAAAUAGCUGGUGCUUUAAUCAUCAAAAAGUCAAACAGUCUAUUAAGCGAACAACAGGUUAUACAAUAUGUUGCAAAGCGAAUUCCAGUGGAGUACAAACAGUUGCAUGCGGGUGUUCGAUUUGUGGACAGUUUGCCACUCAAUCACAAUGGAAAAAUCUUGAGAAAUGUGGCUAAAGAAAUGUUUCAGCAGUUGAGAAUUCCAAAAGCGUCACUUUAAAAGCUUAUUCAAUUAAAUAAAUAUUUGCUGAAAACUGCUUAAAAUACA